ACCCUUUUGAUCUUGAGGCACAGGCCAAGAUAGAAGAAGAUAUAAGGCAACAAAACAUUGAAGAAAAUAUGACGAUAGCAAUGGAAGAGGCCCCCGAGAGUUUUGGCCAGGUGGUGAUGCUGUAUAUUAACUGCAAAGUCAACGGACAUCCAGUGAAAGCCUUCGUUGACUCAGGUGCCCAGAUGACCAUCAUGAGCCAAGCUUGUGCUGAAAGGUGCAACAUAAUGAGGCUGGUAGAUCGGCGGUGGGCUGGCAUUGCUAAAGGUGUAGGGACGCAGAAAAUAAUUGGCAGAGUGCACUUAGCUCAGGUCCAGAUUGAAGGGGAUUUCCUGGCGUGCUCCUUCUCAAUCCUUGAAGAGCAGCCCAUGGACAUGCUUCUAGGACUGGAUAUGCUGAAGAGGCAUCAGUGUUCGAUUGAUCUCAAGAAGAAUGUACUAGUGAUCGGCACAACUGGCUCGCAGACCACUUUCCUCCCAGAGGAACGUCAGAAGCCUUGAUGCAUGUAGUGUGUGUUUACUGCAGCUGGAGUGGGCCACAGACCAGAGAAUAGUGACAAAGAAACUACCUCACUGGAAAUGCCCUCGUUACCAGCUUCUGAUGGGUUUGAAAAUCCAGUCCAAUCUUCGGGACUAAAUUCCAAGAUCUGUAAUCCCACAAAUAAAUUACUUGAUCGUUCUGUCUCUGCCCCUGCUUCAAUUUGCUCAUCCGAAUCUAGCCUCGCAGAGCCCAUUGAUCCUAGAGCCGUCAAGUCUUUUGAGUCUUCAACUGAAUGCCGGAUAACCCCAGAAAAAGAACAUCCUCUCUUACUACAGCAUCUUUCCAAUAUCGCUUCCUUGGCAAAUAACGACCCUUCUCCCCAGACAGGGGAGACAUGCAAAGAACCAGAGAAGGAACAUCUGGAGAAGCAAACUGAGACAACUGACCCAGAACCUCCUUACCAUGUUGGUGGGGUUGAGAAACCUGUUGUGGAAGAAGCCAGCCAGCUGGAAAAUCCUCCUACAGAAACGAGAGGAGAUGGACUGGAGAAAGCAGGUCUUUCCGGUGCAAAAGGGAGUAUCCGAAUGUCAGCCUCCUGUAGCCGUAUGCAUGUGGAAGCCUUCAUGGAAAUAGAUGUAGUUGAGCAGUCUGUAGCUGAAGCGCACAGCUCGAUGAGCGAGCAGAAGCGACAGGUUGAGAACAGAAGCGUGUCUGACCUGAACUCGGACGCCGUCUCUAUGGAGGUGGAGUCGCUGAAGUCUGUAUCCUCCUUGAGUGAUCAGCUUUCCACUGGCAAUGUCCCCCACUCUAAAAGCACUAGUGAAAUUCCUGUAAAGUACAACGAGUUGUCUGAUUUGGCAGCUGAAGACAGCUCUUCCCCUUCCAGCAUCCAUCAGCCAGACACAGAUCCAGGAAGACCUUCAGAUGAGCCAUGUUUCUCUAUAGCAUCAGCCUUGAAAGAGCUGCACAAGCUCUUGGUUAUCAGUCGGAAAGGAGAAUGUAAAAGCCUUGCCUCUGAAGAAGUCUCUCAGCUGGAAAUGAUUCACAGAGAGCCAGCAGCACAGCAGCAGGGGCUUUCUGACGAUGAGCAGAAAGGCUCAGAUCCAGCCAGCCAGGAACAGAGUUGUUCCUUCUAUGAGAUGAGGUCUGAAGGUGGAAAAGCAGAGGGGAAACAGCCUUGCGAUUCUGGCAUGGAAAACAUCAGCGUUGGGUCUGUCGGACACGUGCAGUCAGCUCUCACAGAAGGUGUUUUAGAGAUUCAGAAGUUUUCAGGUGCUUCUCCACCACAUGCUUUUCCUGCGGCCGAUGUUGAUCGGAUCCUCGGCGCUGGUUUUACCACACGGGAAGCUCUUGAGGCUUUGGAACGAGCAGAUGGAAACGCAGAUCUUGCUCUUCUCAUUUUGCUAGCCAAGAGUAUCGUCGUUCCUACGUAA